CGGACUCUGACUUUGAGACUUGAGAAGAGGCUGGAACUCGUCGUCGCUGUCGGGAAGCAAGUUGCGACGAGACAGUGGCUCUUGCACACGUUCGGACUACUGUUACAUCGAUCGGUAAGGGCCCUUUGGCCUUUCUGUGUGGUCUACGAGAAGCUUUCGCUUUCCUGUACUAGAACAAACUAUGUCCACGCAGAAAGCGUUUGACCCGUUCGAUCUCAGCGCGUCGCAAGAAGAUUGGGACACUAGUCGUUCAGGGUCAGUGAAUAUUACGCCGCGAAAUGCGAGCUCGACGAAUGCCCAUGAUGUUAACUCGAAUCCGUCAAUGGACAGUAACGACUCCUUUGACCCAUUCGGAAUCGCCACGCUUUCGCAAACACCCAAUGCCGGUAUACGUUCGGCUUCGGACGAUCCGCCCACCCGGAGGCCGCGUGAGGACAGCCCUUCCACGCCUCCCGAAGUCAACCGUGUCACCAGACAAUCCGUUCCGGUAACCGCGCUGCCACCCAAACUCGUACUGAAGCUUACGAUGUACGAAGAAGUAUCUUCGCAAGCGAGAAUCGAAGCCGAUGGUACCCUUUCUUCGAACGCUGCAAUUGAGGGUAGUGUAUACGCGCAGGUUCAGUGUUCAGACGGAAGGAAAAACGCACCAUUCGCGUUGGCUACCGUGGAUCCGGACUUUUCCGUUCGGCCCAACCAAAAGUUCCUUUGGAACGAUGCCACGAUGAACAAUAACGCUUUCGCUGUGCAUAUUCCCAAACCAGAGCUGGGAUACGUUCCUGUAGCUCAUUACUCUCUCACUAAAGAAGUUCAGCAUUUGCCAGUCUUGCUCGAACGCAAAGUCACGGUACAGGAUACUUCUUGUCGCCUGGCUGUGCAAGUACGCUCCAAAUUAACCAAUUCGGGUGAUAUCGAGGAUUUGACCAUUGUCGUUGCCGUACCUGAACGUGUCAAUGGAGACUCUAUUGAAAUUUCCCGAGGAGAAGGAGUCUGGGAUGAACUCAAGCGCACAAUUCAGUGGAAGCUCAAAGCCCUCGAGACGGGACAGUCUUUCAUGGUGAGCGCUCAUGCAAAGCUUUGGAAGCCCGCUCAGGAAGAUGACGAUAUUCGGUUUCCGCCGCUGAUCUAAUUAGUACGGCAGCCUUUGAAGUGACUCCGGUGGAAGGAUAUCCAGCGCAUCUGUCGACAACAAGAGUGAAGUCGUUUCGGUUGCUGCACCGAUUAACAUAGCGUAAUGUUUUUGUUUGUUU